UUAGAAACUAUAUAGAAUGUGUAAGUUAAUAUUGACCGUGCACUCAGUCUUCAGAUCUAGAUUGUCAUGGUACUAUAUAUUUACCAUAAUUUAUUUAGAAAAACUUAAGACCAUAUCAAAGAUAAAAAUAAUAAAAAAAAACUAUAUUUGUUUUUACCACCCAACCCUUUUUAUAUCUAUAUAUUCAUAGAUAUAAGUCUUGAAGUGAAAGGUCAAACACAGUAUUAACAAUACACAGUAUCAAAGUUCACACUUCACACAUAUUCCAUUUACUCAACAGCCAUGGAUUGGUUUUCAUGGCUAUCAAAAACCAAUCUUGAGCCAUCUCUUGUAUAUGAGUAUGGCCUUGUCUUUGCACAAAACGAGCUUGAAGAAGAAGACAUGUUUUACUUCAACCAUGAGUUUCUCCAAAGCAUGGGAAUCUCCAUAGCCAAACACAGAUUAGAAAUUCUCAAGCUUGCUAAAAAAGACAAGAGAAAGAGUCCACACACAGUUGCAAAAUUUGUUGCUGCAAUCAAGAGGACAAAGAAGUACUUAGCUAAUUAUGUUAGGACUUUGACUCAUACUGAAGAAUCAGCACUUAUGGUGAUGCCAACUAGGCCUAAUGGUGGAUUUGGAAGAAGAUGGAAGAGUGCUAUAAUGAAGAGGAACACAAAAUUUGUUGUGGCUAAGCAAGAGAAAAUGUUUCUCACAAAUGGAAGGUCUUCCAUGCCAAAAACAGUAGCUCCUGCUUUGUCUGGUGAUCUUGAUGGUUUUUCUAGUCCUGUUGUGUAUAAUUUCCAAAAGGAGCAAAAGAUGGAUGGAGAUGAUGGUGGUGAUGGUAAUAAUGAUAAUCAUGAUGAUGGUUAUUGGUCUGCUGCUGUUGAAGAGAUCAAGUGGGAUACCAUGUUUAAGGAUCUAAAGCCAAACUAAAUUUUUUUCUCGGAUUUGGAUCCUCUCCUUUCAAAUACUCUCUAUCUCGAUCCUCUAAGGCUGCAACACGAUAGUGCAGCCGUAGAGGAUCCAAUUUUCUCUACAUCCUCCUGUAGAGGGUCUAGGUUCAACAAAUGUCCUUUAAUUUAAUUACAUGUUUAAGUAUUGAGGUAGAUACUUAGUUUUGUAGCAAAAAGUAUAUAAUUUGAGUUGAGUUUGAGUCUGCUUGACUUGAGUUUAUGCAUUGUAUACUAUGUCUUAUGUGGUGACAGUACAUAUUUACACAGUAUAUUUGAUGUUAUCUUGGUGUUUAUGUCACUGAAUAAUUGAGCCUUUUUCUAUUAAUCAUCAAA